GCUGGGUUCAUACGGAAGAAGAGCUGAGUGGCUUUGCGAGGUCCUGUCCACUGUCCACCCGAUCAUAGGAAGGCAAUUUAGCCAAUGGAAUAUGGAGUGUAUCCCAGCAACUAUUGAUGAUUUUGAGGGAAAAAGGGACCAAGUUGUGGAAGACCCAGAGCACAAUGUGUACACCAGGUUUAUGAAGUCGCACCGCUGUUAUGACCUCGUACCUACCAGCUCCAAAUUAGUUGUUUUUGAUACUUCACUUCAGGUGAAGAAGGCGUUCUUUGCUCUUGUUUCCAAUGGAGUCCGAGCAGCACCACUGUGGGACAGUAAGAAGCAGUGCUUUGUUGGAAUGCUCACCAUCACAGACUUCAUUAACAUUCUUCAUCGAUAUUACAAGUCCCCACUGGUUCAGAUAUAUGAAUUGGAGGAGCACAAAAUUGAAACAUGGAGAGAAGUAUACCUCCAAGACUCUUUCAAGCCCCUGGUUAGCAUAUCUCCUAAUGCGAGUUUGUAUGACGCAGUAUCAUCGCUGUUGAAGAACAAGAUCCACAGAUUACCUGUAAUUGACCCCCUUACAGGGAACACACUGUACAUUCUCACACACAAGAGGAUUCUGAAGUUCUUGAAGCUUUUUAUAUCGGAGAUGCCAAGACCUUCAUUCUUGAGUCAAACUUUAGAGGAACUGAACAUCGGGACAUUCCAAAACAUAGCAGUGGUCCGCACAGACACCCCGCUGUACACAGCUCUGGGUAUUUUUGUUGAGCAGCGAGUGUCUGCGCUCCCUGUUCUGGACGACAAAGGUCGAGUGGUGGACAUAUACUCAAAAUUUGAUGUUAUAAAUCUGGCAGCAGAGAAGACGUACAACAACCUGGACAUUACAGUGACCAAAGCCCUGCAGCACCGCUCUCAGUAUUUUGAGGGAGUGUUGACCUGCAACAGGCACGACACCCUGGAGGCCAUUAUCAACAGGCUGGUGGAAGCUGAGGUGCACAGACUGGUGGUGGUGGACGAGCAGGAGGUGGUGAGGGGAAUCGUCUCCCUCUCUGACAUCCUGCAGGCAUUAGUGCUGACCGACAGAGAAGAGUUGAGUAAGGCCAGUUACCCACCUGUCACACUACUGCCUCAGAUUUUUUAUGCCAGCACAUGCACAACUUGAGGGGAAUAGCUGAAAAUGAGACCAGCGCAGAGGCAGAAAGCAUAAACACGUAAAAAGGGAAUUAUCAAAGCAAAUAACAUAUUUUUCCAUGUCCUGUAGCACCCACAAAUGACUCCUCACGUUCUGAUAACAUAUGAAGUUUAGGAAAACAGCAGUUUGCAGGCGUACUAACACAAGACCCACAGAGCCUUUUCUAAAUUGAGCCAAAUCCAAGUGAGCAUUUGUCGAACAGAGAUUUUGAAAAGAAAGUAAGCAAGAAAACCUCUGAGGAGUUGUGGGCAUCCUCCUCUGUGGCUGCUGUGUUUAUCUGAAUGACUGGACAGCAGACAUGUUCUUAGUAAAAUCCCGAUUGAUUUCCUUCUAAAGGAAAACUAAUUCCCAUGUUUUCAAUUGUGUAUCCAAUGUUCAUUUAAAGCCUGAAAGUAUAAUAAGCCUGCCAGAGGUUCAUGAAAUUCUAUUUACAUUUUUUCAGAGACUUUCAGAGUGUUUUCAGUUUUAAAUUAUUCUUUAUUUAGUCAACUUGAUUAUUCAUAUGCAGUUGGAGGACUUAGCUAUAAUUUUAACUAUUCUCUUCCUUUUUGCAUAUUUGACAUAUUAUUACCGAAGUAUGCAUCAGUUAUGUAGACCAAACACUAUACUUUGAACUACUCCAGAGUCAGUCUCUGGUCUCAUUCUAAAUGAGCGGAAUAAGUGUAUUUUUGAAGGCUGUAGCUUCCAAAGCUGUGGAUCCAAAGACAGCCAAAUGAAGUUUUUAUCACCCAAACCUUUCAGUCUGUUGUGUAGCCUGAUAGCAAACGCAGUAACAUCAGUGAUGGAUCUGCUGUUACAAACCAGCACGAUCAUCAGUUUUAGUGCCCAGCAAUGGGUGUGUUGUCAUGUGUAAUGGAUUGUAUAUUUUUCAUUGGAAAUCUUUUGUUUUUCCUGUUUGAGACCGAUAUUUUGAGUUUUGACAGCCAUUUGUCAAAGGGAUAUGCUGAUUGCUUCAGUCCUGCAAAAUGGAAUUGAUUUUGGAGAACUGGUCCAUCACUAUUGUAAGUUCAAAUUUUCAAGUUAUGUGAUCAGUGCUUAUGAAAUGUUUUUUUUCUAGUUGCCAUCAGUGAUGACUGAUUACGUUUAUUAUUAACAUUUGUCCGGUCAUUGUUUUAAGGGGACGUGAUCACUAUAAACCACUUAAAAACAGCACUUCCUUUGUGUUUUCUUAGCUUGGUAAGUGAGGAACAUUUAAAGUUUUGGAAUAUGGGAGACUGACUGUAUGCAACUGUAUGUAAGUGCAUCAUUUUUGUACUAAUCUGUAUUGUAAUAAUUUAAACGAUGAGCAAUAAAAGUUCUUGAAGAGUGUCACAUCA